UCGUGGAGACAGAAACCAAUAAUCAAUGGGCCUAUUGAUAAAGACAAGUGUAACUGUUGGGCUCUGCUUGCUCAGUUUGAAAACUUUCCUCCCCGUGGUUUCCAAAACUUGGCCGGUCCCUCUUGUUCGAGCCCAAUUAAUGAGGCGGCUAAACUCAUUAAUUGGCCACUUAAUUGGCCCCUGUCGCUGCGCGCGCUGCUUCCGCUGGCUUUUAGCGCACCGCCAUCCCUCCCUCCCCCGCCGCCAGACAUCACAAUCCCACCUUGUCACAACGAUUUAGGGUCUCAGACGGGGAAGGUGCUUUCGCCGUGGACUCCCCUCACCACCUCCACCUCCACCUCUGGAUCCCCCUCUAUCAGUAUCUCCCUCCCACUCCAUCUCGGUGUUUUAUGUCUGCGUCACAACAAGUCUGUCGAGAGCGAGAGGCAGGGAUGAUGGCGUCUCUGGCGGCUUGAUUCCGGGGCUGCUCUGACAAAACCCGCCUUAAUAGCAUCAAUAGGUGGUGGCGGAGAGGUGGGGGGACUGGAGAGCAAAGGCGACGGGAACAUGACGAAACGGCAUCGCGGAGGACGGACAAACUAGAGAGACGGACGGACAGUCAGUCGCCUUUCCCUCCUCCUCCUCCUCCUCCUCCUCCUCCUCGCUGACGGCUUGACUGACACACACACAGGCGCUUGGCACAGACAGGGACAUACAUGCACAUCAUCCACUUUUUGCAAACACGCAGGCUGCGCAUCCGAGCGGGCAGUAAUUGGGCAGCGGAGAUCCACAGCAGAUGAGGGCAUUUCAUGUCCAGCCUGCCCAGGAAUCACUGUGACCCCGACGGAAAGGAGUUCGACUUGACAGGAUGGGGGGAGUAAGUGAAGGAGAUGAUGUGUUGGCUCGAUGGAGUGAUGGACUACUGUACCUCGGCAAUGUGAAAAGAGUAGAUGGAGUCAAGCAAUGUUGUCUGGUGAGAUUUGAGGACAACUCCGAGUUCUGGGUUCUGAAAAAGGACAUUCACUCGUUCGCUGGUGGAGUGGAAGAAGUUUGCUGUAUUUGUGACGCUCCGCCUCUUAAAGAACCCCUCAUAAAUUGUCUUAAAUGUCGCCACGGUUAUCAUCCAGAGUGCCACACGCCAACCAUCGAACCGGAAGCUGACAGCGAUUCGUGGAUAUGUCGGCAAUGUGUCUUUGCAGUCGCAACCAAGAGAGGCGGGGCGCUCAAACGGGGACGCUUCGCCCGGCUCAUGCAAUUUAUGAAACUCCGGCUUCCCUACCAGCUGUCGUCUUUAGACUGGGACCCGCAGCAUCUGACCAAUCAGCAACAGUGCUACUGCUACUGUGCCGGACCUGGAGAGUGGAACCUGAAGAUGUUACAGUGUGGGAGCUGUGGUCAGUGGUUUCACGAGGCAUGCACACAGUGUCUGACCAAACCACUGCUGUAUGGAGACAGGUUUUAUCAGUUCCAGUGCUCAGUAUGUACAAAGGGACCAGAGACCAUCCAAAGACUACCCAUGACCUGGAUGGAUUUGGCUCAUUUAGUGCUGUACCAUCUCUCGCUGUGCUGCAAGAGGAAAUACUUUGAUUUUGACCAUGAAAUCCUGUCCUUCACCAAUGAGAAUUGGGACUCGUUGCUCCUAGGCGCGCUCUCUGACACGCCAAGGCAGGACCGCUGUCACAAUCUCCUCAACGCUCUGAACUCCCACAAGGACAGGUUUGUCUCUGGAAAGGAGAUCAAGAAGAAGAAGUGUCUUUUUGGGCUUCAGGUCCGAGCCCCACCUCCGCUGACGUCCGACUCGUCGCCCCUCAUCACCGACCCACCUAUCAACAUCACGCACCGGCGAAGCCCGUUGUCACUACCCUGCCAGAGGAGAGUGGGGGGGCCGGAGUCGCGUAAAUCAAAGCGUCGCAUCAUGGAGACACAGGCUUGUCCACCCCCAGCCGCUGCUAACCCCAUCGAACUGCUGCCAUGUUGUCAUGGCUACAUGGGAGGGGCUAGCCUCUACAACUCCAGGAAGUCAGAGGAGGAGCUUAGUUUGAGCUCUCCUCCCAAGCGGAUGUACGCUCUGUACCACACCACGUACAAUGGAAACACUGCACUCUCCAGGAGUCAUCAUCACUACAACAGCGUGGAGGACACCUGCAGAGUACCGCCACCUUGCUUCCCAUACCCCCUCAACGCCAAUGGCAGCCAUCAUCACCACCACUCCCACCAGCACCAUCACAACCACCAACACAACCACCAACACAACCACCAACAUAACCACCAACAUAACCACCAACACAACCACCAACACAACCACCAAAACAACCACCAACACAACCACCAACACAACCACCAACACCAGCCAGGUCAGAAGCAGCUGGAGCCCGUCAUCCUACGUGACAUGCCCCCGUACCAGGCCGGCAUGGGUGGUGGGGGUGGCGUAGGUGGAGGAGGCGGAGGGGGAGGGGGAGGAGGCGGUGGUGGUGGAGGAGGGGGGGUGGUAGUCGCAAGUGGGGACGGGACAGUGUCCAGGAGCUGGGGAGGAGGGGAGGCCGUGAGGAUCUUGGCGAGACGCGUCACGCCGGACGGGAAGGUGCAGUACCUCGUGGAGUGGGAGAACGUGAGUUUGUACUGAUGCAAAGAAAGUAAACACGAGAUGCAAUGACUGUUUUGCAGUUGCCACAGGAAUACUGUGUAUGUUAUAUGUGGCAGUGUUUAAAGUACAAACAAAACAAAAAAGGAAAAAAAAAAUCUCUACACGUUGCAAAUCCAGGUUGCUCUCAUAGUAUCACCUCUAAUUCUACAUCAUUAUAACUCACUACUCGUUACUAAAUGUCCCUCUUUGCUAGUGUUUCUCUGAUAUUUGUACUGUUAACUUUGGAAUAUGCCUUUGCAUUUAUCAUGUUAAACAGUGAUGAGGAAAGAUAUUUAAACCUCCUGAUGAUUUGUACAUUUUGGGGCCACAUCAAGAAGAGCAUGUCUCAUACAGUACUCAUGUCUUGAUAUGCAGCACUGUAGGUAAACAGCAGAGUAGUACAAGAAACUAGGAAAAGACAGAUUACUGCUUUUUCAUUGAUUGAGUCAAACUGAAAAAAUAAGUGAGAAAAACUGAAAGUAUUAUUUAUUAAUAUGUAAUUUUAUUUUAACAGCAAACCUCCACUGCUUGUCAUUUAGACAGCAUGCUGCUACUUAAAAGGAAAACAUACAUUACUGGUAUUUGCCUUCCUGACUUGAGUUAGAUUAGAGGACUCUCAUUGGUUGGAUGGAUUCAAGGUUUCAAACUAAAUUUAGUUCUAGAUCAGUGUUUUCCAAAUAAUCCAGCGGCGAGAUCCACAUUUUGUUUUUAGUCAUUAGUUUUAGGUCCACACAUAAGAUAAACUACCACAUAUUCAAUUUUAUUUCAUAAAAUGCACCUAGAACAUGAUGAAAUAAAACAUAUUGCAAGAAUAAAGAGCACAGGAACCAAAAAGUGCACAUUAUUGCUUCAAGAUUGGUGGCAUAAAAAUGCUGCAAAGGCAUAGCAUGUUAAUAGGCCAAAUAAUAUAAAGAACAGGGAAAUAAAGUAGCAGCUGAACAAUAGAAAACUGCAAUUCAAAAUAAAAGCCCUGUGUCAGAAAUCUUUAAAAAAAAAAACAAAAAAAACCCUGUGUUUUUCACAAAAUUGACAUAUUCAGGAGUCACUUGCCCACUUUUGGAUCGUGACCCACCAGUUGGAAACCAAUGGUUGAACUAUCUAGACAUCUGAAUAAUGGGAUUCAAAUCACCAAAUCAGAAUUAGUAUUAGAAUUAGAAUUAGAUUUAACUCAUUUGUUCUUUUUUAAAGGUGGAAAAAUAUAUAAUUGUUUAAAAACAUUUCUUUUCCCAGCAUUUGAUAUGGAUAUCCAAGUGAUGAGGAAACGGCCAGUAGCCAGCACCACACUUCCAUCAGCUGACACUUUUAUAAUUGCUCAUUAAUCAACUGAUUGUUAAUGUUCAAAUGAAAAUUAGCCUGGAAAAUAAACAGUGAUGAAUGGUCCAUCAUCAGUGAGCGGCACGAUGACAGCUGGGUGGUGGCUGCUGGCAGCUCAUGAAAAAAGCAGUAACCUUUCAUUAGCCAGGAUGAGACGAAGCCGGUCUCGUACAGUAUUUUUGGCCACACAGAUGGUAGUUUAAUGCCUCGAGGGCACUUUGACAGUCGUAUUUGAGCCCCUUUCUGCUGCUCAGACGGCAGCUUGUCUGACUUCAUAAAAUACAAAUUCCCUUGAGGUUUUCAUAUUCUUCCUCAUCGCUGUGUGUUAAUAAGAGAUUGUAUACAUGUUAUUACGGGGUUACUUAUUUGUUAUGUUAGAUUUUGUCAUACAAUUUACAUUUAGACAACUGUACGUAUUAGAAAUAGGAGCCACAAGAGGGCUUUUGUUUUAUAGAUAGAAUUAUAUAUUCACAAUAUAUUGCUAUGAUCGAAUAACUUUAUUUUAUUUUUUGACGUGGUUGCAUAGUGCCUAAAUGGGUUGUGUACCUGCCGAUUGGUCUGCUGUUAAGCCGGCCAUUCAGAUAGAUGAACGAGGCGAUGUUGCUACAAAAUAAGAGGAUGGCUCUAUAUCCAACGACAGAUACAGCUACAUGGGUAAAUGAGCAGUUAUAAUGUUGAAUAGUUUUUUUUUUCUAAAAUCAGAACAGGACUGAUGUUACUGUACAUUCCAACAAAAAAGAAAUAUAUAUGUUACUGAAAUGUCUGUUCGAAGUCAUCAGAACGCAAUUAUUUUGAAAGGAUGAUUUUGUUUUUUAAUGGGUGUUAAAUGUCAUAAAGGUCAGCGAAGGUUCAGUUUCAUGUUGUAGGGAGUUUAAUCCUUGCAUUCAAAGUAACAGUACAGGUAAAGAAGACACUGAUAGGCCCGACUCCAAACUCACACCCAUCAUUUCUUCCAGGGUCUAACAGUCUAUAAUUUAAAAGGAACGAAUUCACAAGUCAAGGCCUGACUUUUUCUCAGACGUGCUUAUAGAGGCAAGUGAGGUGCCGAAGUUGGAUUUUAUCUUUGUGCAAACAGGUUACAUAAAUCUAGAAUACUGUGGUGCAAGUUUCAGAGUUUAUAUUUUAUACAGAGGUUUAUUUCAGCAAUCUGUUCGAUAAAACUUACACAGCGUUAUACAUUUGUCAGUUUUAUCUUUCAGGAAAGACCGUAUUACAGGUUUAGUUGAAAAAAAAAACAAAAACAACAGACAAAUACAGCAUUUAUACUGUUAUAUAUUCAAACCAAUGCAAAACUCUCAGAUUUUAUUUAUAAACUGACCUCUCUGUUGAAUUGCCUGCUUUGAAAGUUAUCACCUGAUUGAAUGGGCGUUAUCAGUGGUUGUCAGUCUCAUAAAUAUGGGUUAGAAUGGGCCUGCAUCAUUUAAUAUUUCAGUGGUUUUCAAACUUUUUACACCAUGUACCACUUUAGAAAAUAAGGCUCUCCAAGUACCACCAUUAUGAUCAAAAUACAGUAGGCUAACCAUGUUUAGCUACGGAAAAUAUUUGUCUUGUAACUAAUCGUGGAUGUAUAAACAGAACUGGAUACAGCAUUGAAGGCAGGGCCUUGUUCAUUUCUAUGAAAGUUGCUCAGUGGCGAAUGAAGCAAAACAAACCUUGAUUUUUGGGGUCUGUAAUUAAUCUUCUGCAUCGUAGGGCCCAUAAAGCAAGCGCACCAGAGACAUGCAGCAGCCAAGCGGAUAACUUUUGGAUUAGCACGAACUUAGCACUAACUAGCUAUCUUUACUGAGGAUAAAAUGUUGUAAUUGUACAGCUUUUCCACACUUUAGAAAUGUUUUUAGGUCAAAUGUAAAAUCCAGAUAGUGAAAUGAGUCAUUACAUGUUAGUUGUAAGGCUA